ACAGAAAAUGGACACGCGCUUCACUCGGGGGAAAUCCAACAUCUUGGAGCGCCCUCUAACCCGCCCCAAGACUGAGGUCAGCGUGAGCGCCUUCGCCCUCCUGUUCUCAGAGAUGGUCCAGUACUGUCAGAGCCGCGUGUACUCCGUGUCGGAGCUGCAGACGCGCCUGGCGGACAUGGGUCAGAGCGUGGGAGCCAGCAUGCUGGACGUGCUGGUGCUGAGAGAGAAGAACGGGAAGAGGGAGACCAAAGUGCUGAAUAUGCUCCUUUUCAUCAAGGUUAACGUGUGGAAGUCUUUGUUUGGGAAGGAGGCCGACAAGCUGGAGCAGGCCAACGAUGACGACAAGACCUAUUACAUCAUAGAAAAAGAGCCGCUCAUCAACGCGUACAUCUCUGUGCCCAAAGAGAACAGCAGCCUGAACUGCGCCGCCUUCACCGCCGGCAUCGUGGAGGCCAUCCUCACACACAGCGGCUUCCCUGCCAAGGUCACCGCCCACUGGCACAAAGGCACCACGCUGAUGAUAAAGUUUAACGAGUCCGUCAUUGCCAGGGACAAAGCUUUGGACGGCAGAUAAAAGACUGAAGAGGUGUUAAUGAAUGCAGGAUGAAUGAUUCAUCAAAGUCCAGACUCGGUUUGUUCCUGACUGAAUUUCUUCGUGGUAGCUUAUGAGAGGAUGGAGGGAUGACAGCGGCGGGCUGAGCCACGUCUGGAGCAGAAAACAUGCAGCUGGUCGGUUCAGUCCUCCAUGUUUUUGUGGACCAUCUCACUCCUGUUUGACCUCAUGAAGUGACACAGAAUUGUUUAGUGAUUUACGUCCCACAUGAUUCAUUAUUUUGGUGUUUUCAUCAGUAAUCCUCUUAUUUUUAAAGGUCAGAUUUGUAGAAUUUAGUGGCAUCUAUUGGCAGAAAUUGAAUAUAAAGCUCGAACUAUGUUUUCAUUAGUUUAUAAUAACUGUAAAAUAAGAGUCGUCGUGUUUUUGUUUCCUUAGAAAGAGCCGUUUUUAUCUACAUACGGUUUCUGUCAUGUUUCUAUUUUAGCCCAAAGUGGACAAACCAAAAACUGGCUGUAGAAAGACAUUUGCGUUUUUGAGUCAUCUCCCGUAUUUUUCUCACUCACUUGGCACAAAGGUGAAGUUUCGGUUGGUUGCAGUCUGCAACCUCACCACUAGAUGUCACUAAAUCCCACACACUGGACCUUUAAGUCCAACGAGUCAACGUGUUUUAAAUAAAUAACUUUAAAUCCAUGAUGUCACCUCACACUCUUGGAAAUUGUGAUGGCACUUUGACAGUAUUUGUAAAAUUUGAUAGACUAAACAAUAAAUAAAUUAGUCCACAGAUUAUUUGAUGACGGCAGGAAUUGUGAUUUGCAGUAGUCGCCUCACAGGGUGAAAGUGGAACUCGGCAAAAACAGCCCGAAAAAUGUCGCCAAUUAAUCGGAGCACCCCAUAGUUUCAGAUGAUGUCAAUAAAAAUAGUGCCACGAUACCUCCUUUAAUGCUACAGAAUAUUUCCCUCGCAGAGAGAGGUCCAGACUUGUGAGAUUAUUUCUUAAAUUUUUUUGUUUUUCACUGUUUCAUUCCAGUUUGAGUCCUGCUGCGUGUUUUAUCUCUGUGAAAUAGAUUCAACAACACCAAGGUCAUAUCCUCACAAUUUUUAUUUUAUUAUAUUAUUUACAGGGUUCCCACAGUCAUGGUAAACCUGACACGAUCUUAUUUCCAGGCAUGGAAAAGUCAUGGAAUUAGUAUAAAUUAUUAAA